AUGUGGAAACGCCAGAAGACCCGAGAUGACAUGAAUUACGACGCGUUGAUCAAGACGGCACUGACGGGCCACUUGGGUGAAGCUGUGCGAGAGGUGCAACGUCAGCAGCAGCAGCAACAACAACAGUCAACAGCGGUCGUUGAAGGGAAUAGUGAAUCAGCUCACACGCUGUGCUGUGUCUUGGAAGCUCUGUUUGUUCACCGCCUACGUGACUCAUUCAUCGACAAGGUUUCCAGCGUCUUCUCUGGUGAUGUGAUUCGACAACCGUCUCCCAACUUUUGGCCUUUCUUGCUCGGGUUCUCUCAUCGACAUUCGGUUGACUACUUGUCAGAUUCUUGCCCGUGGUUGAGGUCUGACAUUGGUCGAUGUCGUGGAUGGAUUAGGCUCGUCCUUAACGAUGGCAUGCUUACCAGCUACCUUGAGCUGCUAGCUGGAGAGCGUCGACUUCUCAAUGACUUCUACGAUCGUCAAGCGUACCUCCGUGAUCCUGAGCAUCUUGAUAUAGCUAGAAAGCUGUUGAGCGGCAUAGAAAUGCUUCAAUUUCGUUUGGCCGUCAAUAGUAGCAUGUUAAACAACUGGAGCACGACCCCUCUGCUUCUGGCUGGGCUCUGGUCACCGCCUACCCCACUGGUCCAAGAGGCUGUCGUACAGGGGGUCGAUGCGGCCUUGUGUUUCACCGAUGAAGACGAGACGUUACAGCCCAUGAAGCAAGCCAGCAAGUUAACGACGAGCUUGGCGUCAACCAAUGUACCGAAGCUCGAUGAAGAUAUGGCUUUUCGUUUGAUAAUUGAAUCAGAUAGAAAUAUACCUAGCGGUAUGCGGCUAGCCCCAUUGGGAUCUCCGUCUGUAGCAAUACCACCCGCCUUACUCACUCCCGAAGAAGAAGUUCGCCUCUCACAAUCACAUUCAUCGUCCCGUGUCGAUGAUUUGCCGGAAGAAGUUGAUUCGCAAAUUGUUCUCGUCACCCGCCUACGGAUGAAAAAUAGUCGGUCUACAAGCCCAGCCGUGCUGGAAGAAGCUAAAGUGAACGUAGCUGUCGCUCCCAGUCUCCCAAGCACUCCGCCACAAUCGUUGUCGGAAGAACUUGCGGCUGCAGAAGCUUUGACGGAUGCUGCGGGUGACGAACAAGAAGAGACCGAAGAAGAAGCUUCGACUUUUGAAGAUUUGUUAGAAAAUUACUCCAACUUUAACAUUGGCAACAACGCCUUGACCAAAUCGCCGAAUUAUUCGCCAACUGAAUCGACUACAAGAGAUAGUUCUCCUGAAGAGAAAUUCGAAAUCGUUUCUGGCGAAAAAAAUCCGCAAUCGCCGUUUGCAUCCAUGCUGCUGACGUUGAAUCAGGAAUGUAGUCUUGUCAAACAAAAUUAUCGCUGCGCCGGAUGUUCCAGCCCGAUUGGCCUAAUCUACGGCCCUGCUCGAGUUUGUAAUUUCAGCGGCGGUUUGUAUUGUUCGGACUGUCAUACCGACGCUGACGAAGUUAUCAUUCCGGCUCGGGUUUUCCUCAACGGUGAUUAUUCAAAGCGCAAAGUCUGCCGUGCCGUUCGGCAGUUUUUCCAAGACAUUGAAGUUGAUCCGGCAUUGGAUGCGAUCCAGUUUGAUCGCAACAUCUACUCUUACCAGCGGGAAUUUGCCGCCUUACUCGACGUUCGAACGCAGCUGCAACAUCUCUCUGCCUUCCUUCUGACUUGCCGCACUCCGGAGAACGCUGGAGAAGAGUUCCGCAAACGUACUUAUGGCAAAGAGUACUUGUACAUCCAGCAGCACGUCUACAGUCUAGUUGAUUUGCCUUUGAUACAAUCCGGACAGCUUCAUCAGCAAUUGACCAAGUUAUUUCAAUAUGGCAAACUACACGUCAGCGGAUGCGGUCUCUGCUCGAUGAAAGGUUUCUUGUGUGAGGCGUGUCGUUCGGAUGCGGUCAUAUUCCCUUUUGACUUGGAUUCGACGUUUAGGUGCCCGAUUUGUGGUGCCGUGUUCCAUUCGGAAUGCAUGGAUCGCUUCAAACCGUGUCCGAGAUGCGAGCGGUGGAAAAGUCGAGAGAGGAAUCAAGUCGAGCAGACAGAACAGUCAGACCAGGAAAUUUAAAAAUGGCAGAUCUAAAACCUCGGAAAUUUCGAAAUGGUGUGUGUGUUGAUAGAUGUCGUAACUCUUUGUGAAUUCUUUGUUUUCUAACUGCCAAAAAUUCAUUACAGCUAGUAUAGUAAAAUUGGGAAAUUUUUCACGUGUCGCCCUGAGCAUUUCUUUGCAGUGCAACUUGUUAUUCGAAAUAGGUUUGAAUCGUGACGAGUACACUGGUGAUCCUCUAUGUAGAUAUUGCAGAGUACAAUACAAUUCAUUCGUUUGGAA